AUGUCGCGCCUCCCGUCCAGAUCAGCAAAGGCCAUCAACCUCCCCUCGAAACCACGCAUACCAACAUCUACCACACCGCCGCUCCGCACACCCCAGUCCUCGACGACUACAGUCAAGACGCCCACAUCCACGAAACCACCACCCUCCCUCUUCUCCCGCCUCCGCCCAUACUUCCUCCUAGCAACCUCCUUCUACUGCGCCGGUACCCUCAUCACCAACCACGUCAUUCACAUCUACCCCAAUACAGGCCCCUCCAUGGCACCCACUGUCUCUAGCUCCGGUAGCACCUACACAAUCACCGGUCUAUGGUACGCUGGCGGUCGUGGGAUAAAGCUAGGCGACAUCGUACAGGUGCGGCACCCAAUGUUUCCGCGCAUGCUGGCUGGCAAGCGGGUUGUCGGAAUGCCGGGGGAUUUUGUGGUUAGGGGGCGGGAUGGGGAGGGUGGUGUUGGUGGGAGGAAGGCUUCCCGAGGGUUAGUGGAUGGAGAUGAGGAAGACGAACAAGAAGAGCCGGAGAUGGUGCAGGUCCCCGAGGGGCAUGUUUGGUUGAAUGGGGAUAAUCUGGCGUGGAGUCGGGAUAGUCGAAUGUAUGGGGCGGUGCCGAUGGCGUUGAUCACCGGGAAGUCGUUAUGGCUGGUGGAUGGGUACUGGCCGGGGAGUUGGAGGGGCGUGUGGCGGGAUCAGAUGGUCAGGAUUGAGGAAGGGGAUGUCGGUUGA